AUGACAGAAUUCACAUUUGACAGAUCAAUAUAUAUCAGUUGACCUAACCAUACGUACGAAUUGCGAUGGUUUAAAUUGUUAUAAAAACAAAUCAUUAACUUUAAAAUAGGUAUUGCUUUCUUUAAAAUUAUAUUAAUCGCAUAAAUGAAAUAAUUGCUAAGAGACACAUAUUCUAAAACCAUAUACUGGGUCUUAUAAAACUUGAUCAACUGCACAUCUUGAAACCUUAUUUCAAAUGUCGUCCACUUCUAAAAUCGUACUUAGUUUAACCUGUAUUGUUACUACAGGAAUAGUUGGUUAUGUGCAUAUAAAACAACAAUCAGACAGGGAAAAAAUGCAUGAAGGUGUCAUAAGGGAUACAGAGCGACAACAAAGGAGAAAAAUAGAAAAUUUGUAUAUACUAGAGAAACAAAAUGAAUUAACAAAACAACUCAAAAAGGACUUGAGCAGUAGUUCAUAGGCUUUAUAAUGAAACAUUACUAGUUUGGCUAUUAACUAUUUAUUCUUAUAACUAAGACUAAUAAAAUGUUGACAAUC